AUGGAUUCAGAGGACCAGUCAUUAGAUUCAAUUUUUGGUCAGCAAAGAGCAUUCAGCUUGGAUGAUCCGCUAGUGGAUCCCCAUGUUGUAGCUUACUUGCAAGGUGUAAGAACCCAAGCGCUAAGGACCAGCGCCAUUUCGACCCAUGGGCGGUCAGCUUCCCCCAAGCACAGUGCAGACCUCUACGAUGAUGAAGUGCCUUCUAAAGGGAUUCCAGAGUCUUUGUCAGCCAUUGAAGAUGGUAUGUCGCCUUGGGUAGAAUGGUUUAAUGAGACCAGAGAUAUCAUUCUGGAAGAAGGUAAAUCUAGCCACGAGUACGAUGACGAUUCGUUAGAAUUGGUUCUGCACCAUUUGAAGAAUUAUUUACAAGAACAAAAAGGUCUCAAAGGCAUUUCUGCACACGUUCUGAACAUAUUGCAAGAUCUGGGACCCAUGUCAAAGAGCAACGAUGGUGAUGAUGGUGAUAAUGAUGAGUUAGAGAUCGACCCAGAGUGGGCUCAAUCGAUGCUACUGAACUUCAAGUCUCAGAAAAUUGCUUCUUUAGAAGAUUUAAAGAAUUGCAUCAAAUCUAAGAAUCAAACACCUCCCAGAGGUUUCAAAGAAUGGUACCAUUUUCUACAGUCUCAUGAACCAGCUCAUACCUAUUUUACAGGAAAGAUUAUCAACGGUGAAACUUUGUGGACAUUGGUACAAUACAUGUCACACGACUGGAUUAAAGAUAUUCACAAGCAGAAAAGGUUUUCAAGAGCGCAAAGGUUCAGUGCAUGGCUUCUAUACAUCCUUUUCCAUAUACCUACCAAUGUUACUGCUGAAUAUGUCAGUAAUAUUAGAGAACUGGGUAAGAGAUGUAAGAAGGCCAUUUUAGCUGAUGCUAUGGUAGCAGAAAGUAAGAGACCCGUUCUUCUCAAAGAUUGUCAGUCAUCGGAAAUGGUAGAAUUGAGUACACCUUCACCACCUCCAGAAUUGGACAUACUUAGACUCACGCUAGUAGUAAUUGCAGUGGUGUACCGUCAGAGAGAUUUAACCAAUUGGCAAGAUCAGGCUCUCUGA